AUGAACCAAACGGAAUCGGGCGCGUUAAACAUUGUCUACAAAAACUACAAGCACCUUCUCUACGCGGUAAAUCCGCGCAACAACCGCAGCGUGCUGUACUGCUCGAUUCCCAAGGUUGCCAAUACGAGCCUCAAGACGCUGCUGCUAAGCCUAAAUGAGAGUCACCGGGGCAAGUACACCGAAUCGACCAUGCACUACUACGUCUACUCGGCCAUGGGCUUGCCGUUCGUGCUGUACAGAAACCAGGUGAACGUGAGCGAUCUGGUCAGCGCCUUCAAGGUGAUGUUCGUGCGACACCCUUUCGAACGCCUCGUGUCAUUCUUCGAAGACAAGACGAGACGUACAGUGCCGACGGGAAAGUAUUUCUACUACAAGUACUGGAACAAUGCGAUGGCUCGUUUCAGAGGCGCCGAGAACGUGGACAGAAAGAAAGAUCUGAUCACGUUCGAGGAAUUCAUCGAUCUCCUCCUGAGCACCCGACCGUCCAACUACGACUUGCACUGGCAACGUUACAGCGAUCGCUGCGAGCCGUGUCUCGUUCCGUACGAUUUCGUGGGUACCUUGAAAGACGUGCCCGUGAUGUACAGUGCUCUAGGAAUGACCAAUCGCUCGCGGUUGUGGGUGAACAAGGGACCAAGUGACACCAAGAACGUCGCCCUAUCGUACUUUUCACGACUUCCCAGGUCGAAGGUAGAGAGGCUGUACUCCAUCUACGCUGUGGACUUCACGAUGUUUGGUUAUAGCGCUAAAGAGUACCUCAACGCGGCCAACAAAACCGAGGAUGAAACCGUAAAGUGAUAGAUACGCGUGGGGCUUGACAAAAUCGUUUCGCAGGGCGCAGUCGCUCUUUACGCGAACGAUGUGUGGUGUUCCUGUGCAGUGUGACGCUCUGAUCGGAUAUGUGAAUGUCUCAAGUAGCGAAUUUCACACACUCAAGCGAAGAAGUAAGGAGAAUACGUUUCAUUUAUUGAACUUUUGUUCACUCUCGUGUUUCAAGAAGGUGCUUUACGUGUGUUGAAUAUGUAAGUAAUGUCAUCAUGUGCGUACUUUGCGCAAUAUAGAAAGGCCACUGAGAAGGAUACCUUACCGUGCACACUUCAUAUUUUUUUAUGUGCACUGUUUUGCUAUAUCAGUAAGGUGCAUUAUUGUAUUGUAGCGUACGCAAUAUCACCA